GUGAAUUCAUUCAAUGGUUCUCGUGCUCUUUCUAGUGCGCACGACGUUCAGAGCGAUAUUCGUGUGCACAGAGAUAGGAGGCAGAGCAGAAUACAUAUUCCGAGUUUUCCGAUUCGUUGUUAUUCGUGAUUACGCUGGCGAGAUACCAGGGAUCAUGAUCAUGAAGAGCUUCAUUGUUAUUGCCGUUUUCUUUUGCGCCGCAGCCUCUGCUAGCGAAGACUACUGCUACAAAGAUGUCGUGGAAGCAUGUAAAACUACCAGCAAAAAAUACACAACCGGCCUGAACUGUACGGCCAAAUAUGGCGCCAUCGACGCCGUCCAAGCCGACCUUCAGAAGUACGCCAACCUCCAUCUAGUCCGCUCCUUCGAGUACCUCCUCAUGUCCACUCACUUCGCCAACUACGAGAAGAACCGUCCCGGCUUCGAAAAACUCUUCCGAGGCCUCUCCGACGACAAAUGGAGCCACGGCAUCGAGGUCAUCAAGUACAUCGCCAAACGUGGAGGGGAGAUGAACUUCAACGUCGUGGGAGAUGACUUGCUCCAGGAGGCCGAGGAGGACAGAAGCUUCGAGCUGUACGAGCUCAGCGCUAUCGCUAGGGCUCUGGAUAAUGAGAAGAGAUUCGCUUUGGAGGCUCACCACAUCCAUAGUGAGGCUACGAGGAAGAGCAAGAGCUUCCACGAUCCAGAGAUUUCGGACUAUCUGGAGAAGGAGCACGUACACAAAGACAGGGACCUUGUUAGGAAGUUGGCUGGGUACACGACUGAUCUCAGCGCUCUACUCAACGGGCCCGAUAGUUCCUUGUCGUUGUUCUUGUUCGAUGACUACCUCCAGAAGCAGUGAGAAGGUUUUUUUCAGUACAUUUGAUUUUAGAGUAGUUUUAUGAUUCAUGUGAUAUCUACAGUUCGUUUCGUUACAUUUCCUUGAGGCUGUUAUAUCUGUGAAGAUCAAUAAAGGUAUGCGUUGAUAUGACCGUUUUUCAUUUUUUGUUGAUAGUAUAUUAUAUUGUUGAGAGGUUAUUAUGAAAU